AUGAGCAAUAACUGCAGCUGGCAUCUGUCGGACAGCCUGUACAACUUGGUAGAUCAACAUCGAUCAACCGUCCAGAUAGUGGUUCAAAUCAUUUCGGCCGGGCUGGCAGCCAUCGAGACCCUGGCUCUCUGUCGACUAAUCAACCUGGCAACCCGCAUUCGUUUCACCAGAGCGCCGGUCACACUCGAUGUUCUUGGCUUCUGGUCGGCUCUCUCUACCCCCACCACGCACUGGUACCUGCCCACCUGGAUGAUCGUUGUCACCAUGCUAGUCUGCAAUCUCUCCGCCGUGUUUUCUGCUCUAUGGACUGGUGCUCUUACUCCAGUGGAUAGCAUUGGCUUCCGAGGUAGCACCAUCUACCUACCCGACUGGUCCAACAUUUCUCUCAUCAAAGAAUACCCGAGCCAGAUAGACGAGACUGGCUUGAGCGUCCUUUCAGCCAGUUCUGCGUCAGCCGGCGACGGCGGCAUCCGCAACCACAACAAGCUCGACUAUACCCGCUACAGCUAUCACGGUCGAUCCUACGGCGCAGGGGCCAGUCCCGGUCUUUUUGACUGGCCUAUUCUCGCUAUAAGCAAUGCAGCCAACUAUACAUACCGCGAAGUUGGUCUCGACGCCUCUGUCUCGUGCAUACACAACGGUAGCUCGCUGUUCCAUCUUGGGAAGACCAACGAACAGAAUUUCUACGCCGCCAAGGGAUAUCUCCCAGAUAGCACGGCUGCAGAAUAUUCCGUCUAUGUGGGCUGGAGCGAGCACCCGAUUGUCGCCAUCGGGGUGGCUCGUGACCCCAUCCCGCUUACAGAUAAGCCGUAUAUGGCCAUCGCGGCGGGUAGCGAUUACGCAGCUUUGAACAAGGCCCAGUGCACCGUCAACUUCACACCGGCCUCAUUCAAUAUCUCCGUCGACAUCCAGAACCGUAACAUCACUGUUCGCAAAGAAGCAACUUUUGCAUCUGCCAACUCAAUCCGCGACAUCGACCCCGACAAUAGGGUAGCUCACGUCGUCAUGCGCCAGCUGGAGCUCAUCUCCAACGACCUGACAAGCUUCUACCGCUCGAUCCUCGGUGACGCUUUCAAUGCCAGCAUCAGCGAUUUCCGCACGGCUGUCGCGAACCAAAUCGCGACGAAUAAUACGCUACCCGAAUCACAAAUAGUCCUGAGGGGGCUCGAAAAUGCCGUGAUCUCCUUGGUCGAUGACAUGCUCGUCGGCUAUGCGUCGGCGCAGAUGAUGGUUGGCAGAUUUACGGCCCCUGUGUCGGCGGAGGUUCGUGUAUCUGCACUUCAAGUCGGGUCUCGGGUUUACAUAACUGCCAGCACGACAUUAGCGGCAGUGAUUGCCUUUUUGAUAGUUAUAGAGGCCGUCCGCGUGCGAGGAUGGGGCGCGGUCCCGGUCUUUGAUUACCUCGAUCAGCGAAUGCUCAUUUUGAGUGUCUCUCGGGGAGGCCAAGGGAUCGCUAAAUAUGCCGGAGACAGAGAGUGUAAAGACUUUGGAACUGUGCCUGUCGUGUGGAAUGCAGAGGUUCCUGGAGAUUAUGGAGAGGUCACUAUCAAAGAUUCGUGGUAA